AGUUGGUGUUGUGAGUUUUUCAAGUUUUAAUAAUUUGUUAUUUCGCGUCGUGUCGCGUAUUCCUUUUACCGUGCUACAAUGGCCCGUACUAAGCAGACCGCCCGUAAGUCCACCGGAGGUAAAGCUCCCCGUAAGCAGUUGGCUACGAAAGCCGCCAGGAAGUCCGCUCCCGCAACCGGAGGUGUGAAGAAGCCCCAUCGCUACCGUCCAGGCACCGUCGCCCUCCGUGAAAUCCGUCGUUACCAGAAGUCCACGGAACUGUUGAUCCGCAAGCUGCCCUUCCAGCGUCUGGUCCGUGAAAUCGCUCAGGACUUCAAAACCGAUCUCCGAUUCCAGUCCUCUGCUGUCAUGGCUCUGCAGGAAGCCGCGGAAGCGUACCUGGUCGGCCUGUUUGAAGACACCAACUUGUGUGCCAUCCAUGCCAAACGCGUCACCAUCAUGCCGAAAGACAUCCAGCUGGCCCGCCGAAUCCGUGGAGAGCGUGCGUAAUUGUUGAAACUGUUGUUUGUUGAGGCGGUGUACAGUUGAGGCGAAGAUCAGAUUGUAGAGGUUUGUCAUGGCAGAUUAUUAGAAUCUCUGGGUUGUUGUAACUUAACUUGUUGAAUAGAAUAUCUGACUUUCAUGUGCCGACGCUCCGAAAAAUGGCACUGUUUGUAGAAAAGAUCAGAAAUAAAAACAUCCGUGAAA